UAUGACAAGAGCGCAGGUGACUGCUACAUUUCCUGAAGAGUCAUGGCAGCGCCGCGCCUAUGAAGACUAUAAAGCAGUUCUUCUUGAUGAAAAUACAAUCUUCCCCUGCAUAUACGCCACAAAAGGCUUCAAAACAGAUGAUCAACUCUAUGUGUUCAUCGACUCAGAUGACCUGUCAAACCCACGGCACAUCCGUUCUCUUGCAAAAGCACUUUCUACAUACCUUCCUCAAGCUCGUGGGCUUGGUCCCAACACCUCUCUUGUUCUUCUUGCCAAGCAAAACGACAACCCAAGAUCGGUGGAGGAGUACAAUUCCCUGUACUGGAAACUCCUAGAUGGUCUCGCCAAGCUAGACAAGAAGCCCUGGCCAUCAAAUGUUCCACGCGACAUUGACACGGACAGAUGGUGCCUCUGCUUUGGCGGAGAACAAUUAUUUAGCGUCAUCCAAACUCCGGCUCACCAGGCCAGGCGCACGCGUUAUGCGCAGGGCGUGACCAUCGUCUUCCAGCCGAAGUGGAUUUUCGACAUCCUCUUCAGCACUAGUGCAAAGCGCGUUGGCGCGCUUGCAAAAGUCCGUGCUCUUUUAGCCAAGUACGAUUCGAUCCCUGUCAGUCCUGAACUGAAAAACUACGGCGAAGACGGAUCGCGGGAGUCCAAUCAGUACUUCUUGCUAGACGAAAAUUUGCCAGCACCGUGUCCGUAUGACAGGCUGAGCGAUUCCAGGCCAUCGCUCGAAGGUGAGUUUAUGGCCCUCAGUUAGUUUCAUCCAACUAACCCAACAC